GAGCCACCCACGGCAGCAGUGGGCCCUGAAGCCACCAGCAAGGGAGAGUGUGUUGUCCUCUAUCAGGACGGCUGCGACAGUCACUGGGUUUGGGCUUCGUGAAUGGUUUCUGUCAUUUCUGAGGACUUUGAUGCAGACACCAGCUCACUGUUCCUUAAGGAGGAGAACAUCCAGGGUGGCUGCCGUAUGGAACUGCACCCCAUAUCCCGGUCACAGCCACGCCACUGCCCCUUUCUGCCUUGUCUGACCCUAAAAAUGUGGAGAUGCUGCUCCAGCCCCGGGGGCGGUUUCCCCUCUUCGUCCUGCAGAGCUGGGUUGGGACAGGCCCAUAGAACUCGGACGCUCUCGCCCUGUGGAAGAGAGACAGUCCCGCCCGUAUCCAGGCCUCACGUCUUGUCUGCCGCUCUCUUGUCCGGGAGGUGAUGACUAAGCAUGCCUGGCCCUGGGCUCAGUGUCUCGCCAUGGGGGCUGCUCAUCCUCUGGGGCCUCCGAGCACUUGAAGCUGCACAGGCCAUAGUCACCGCCUGGGGGGGAUUGUGUCACCGGGAUGUUUGUGAUGUGGACUUGGGAAAACAAGUGUGGAGGGAGGAAUCUUGUUUCCCGGUGCUGUCUGUCCAGUAUGGUCAGCCCUGGUACCUAACCAGGUGGCCCUCGGUGAGUUGCCUGCCUCUGCUGGCCACACUUGUUGCCAGGAAGCCCGUGGUAAGGGUUUUCAUUUUGUAUUGUUGCCUGUAGUGUCACUUGGUUCUUGGAACAUUGUGGGGGACCUCCCUAUUGAUAUGCCCAAAGCAGCCGUAAGCAGUGCAGGCUGUAAAGAGUUAGCCCCCAAAUUGGCUCAUUUUAAGAAGUGAGUCUGGGGGCCGGGGAUUUAGCUCAGUGGUUCCACUGCCUGCCUCGAAAGCGCAAGGACCCGGGGUUCAAUCCUCGGUACCACCACCAAAAAAAAAGCGAGUCUGACUGAAGCUUACGUGACUUGAAAGCACCUCAUGGGCACCUCAGCAGGGUGCAGUUUCUCCUGGGACCAAGAUGACUGAUGGAAACCUUUCCAGCUCAACAAAUGGUGUAGCCCUGAUGGGCAUUCUGGACAGUCAGCCAGGAAACUCGCUUCAGAGCCUGCAGCACUCGAGCAUCAAGGCACCCAGGUCCCUCUUGGUGCCUGAGCACAAGCCCAAGCUGAAGCUCGGUGCCUUGGAAGACCGGGACAGCCUUCAGUCGGUGGACUCAGGCAUCCCUACCCUGGAGAUCGGCAACCCGGAGCCUGUGCCCUGCAGCGUGGUCCAUGUGAAGAGGAAGCAGUCAGAGUCUGAGAUCGUCCCCGAGCGGGCCUUCCAGAGCGCGUGCCCACUGCCUUCCUUCGAACCCCCGGCCCCCACCGGUGCCGAGCGGGAGCAGGUUGUGCGAAAGUCUUCCACCUUCCCCAGGACGGGCUAUGACUCCGUGAAGCUCUACAGCCCCACCUCCAAGGCCCUGAACCGCAGUGAUGAUGUCUCCGUCUGCAGCGUGUCGAGUCUUGGCACGGAGCUGUCUACCACCCUGUCUGUCAGCAACGAGGACAUCUUGGACCUCAUGGUCACGAGCAGCUCCAGUGCCAUCGUGACCCUGGAGAAUGACGACAACCCGCAGUUUACUGACGUCACGCUGAGCUCCAUCGAGGAAACCAGUGAUGCGCACCCACUCGGCUGUGCUGAGGACUCCGAGGAGGGGACAAAGCCGAAGCUGUUGGGACCACUGAGCAACUUUUUUACGAGGAAUUUGCUUGCUAGAAAACAAAAUGCAAGACUUGACAGACAAAAUGACUUGGGAUGGAAGUUAUUUGGAAAAGUACCACUCCGAGAGAAUGCUCAGAAAGAUUCCAAGAAAAUACAAAAGGAAUAUGAAGACAAGGCUGGAAGACCUAGCCGGCCACCUUCACCAAAGCAGAAUGUGAGGAAGAAUCUUGGUUUUGAGCCACUUUCCACCACCGCCCUCAUCCUCGAGGACAGACCAGCCAAUCUCCCUGCGAAGCCAGCUGACGAAGCCCAGAAGCACAGGCAGCAGUAUGAAGAGAUGGUGGUGCAGGCCAAGAAGCGAGAGCUCAAGGAAGCCCAGCGGAGGAAAAAGCAGCAGGAGGAAAGGUGCAGAGUGGAAGAAAGCAUCGGAAACGCUGUCCUCACCUGGAAUAAUGAGAUCCUGCCCAACUGGGACACCAUGUGGUGCUCACGGAAGGUUCGUGAUCUGUGGUGGCAGGGAAUCCCGCCCAGCGUGAGAGGCAGGGUCUGGAGCUUAGCCAUCGGCAACGAGCUGAACAUCACCCACGAGCUCUUUGACAUCUGCCUUGCCCGGGCCAAGGAGCGGUGGCGGUCCUUCAGCACGGCAGGCGCGGAAGUGGAGAAUGAAGAUGCUGGGUUUUCAGCAGCAGACAGAGAGGCCAGUCUGGAGCUUAUUAAACUGGACAUUUCCAGAACGUUUCCUAAUCUCUGCAUUUUCCAGCAAGGCGGUCCGUACCAUGACAUGUUGCACAGUAUUUUGGGCGCUUAUACUUGUUACCGGCCGGAUGUGGGUUAUGUACAGGGCAUGUCCUUCAUAGCCGCAGUGUUGAUCUUGAAUCUAGAUACUGCUGAUGCCUUUAUUGCUUUUUCUAAUCUUUUGAAUAAACCCUGUCAAAUGGCGUUCUUCCGAGUGGACCAUGGCCUUAUGCUGACUUACUUUGCUGCAUUUGAGGUAUUCUUUGAAGAAAAUUUGCCGAAAUUAUUUGCUCAUUUCAAGAAAAACAACUUAACUCCAGACAUCUAUCUAAUUGAUUGGAUCUUCACCUUGUACAGCAAGUCCCUGCCCCUGGACCUGGCCUGCCGCAUCUGGGACGUGUUCUGCCGGGAUGGGGAGGAGUUCCUCUUCCGCACGGCCCUGGGCAUCCUGAAGCUGUUCGAAGACAUCCUGACCAGGAUGGACUUCAUCCACAUUGCCCAGUUCCUGACCCGGCUGCCCGAGGACCUGCCAGCAGAUGAGGUGUUCGUGGCCAUCACCACCGUCCAGAUGCAGAGUCGGAACAAGAAGUGGGCACAGGUGCUGGCUGCGCUGCAGAGGGACAGCCGGGAGCAGGAGAAGGGGAGCCCGUCGCUCAGGCACUGAGGCUGCAGGUGCACGCCCUUGCCGGAAGCAGGUCCCAGUGGCACUGUGUGCGUGUGCGUCCAGACCUACACCUGGCUACAGAGCGGAACGGGGGCUCUUGUCACAUUUGGUCCUGACCCUGGAAUUGGCCUUAAACAAACAAAACUAAAGCGCUUUGAAAGAAUUAAAGCCAGGCUUAGCCUUAAGCAGCUCAGCAGACCAGUGCCCUGGCAUCAGCUGUGGCCAGUGCUGUGCUUUCCACUCGGCUGAAGACGGGUCAGUGGCCGACCCCACCCUCUCCUUUAUUUCAGUGAAGUUCAUUAAAUUGUGGCACUGUGAUGCCAACCACUGGAAAGUACGAUUUUCUUAGCCAGGGCACAUGAGCAGUGUCGCUUGGGAGGCCUCUGAGGUGUUGCUGGAUGAGGGAGGAGUUGCUGGUAUAAUUUUUGAGGUAAUCUCUUCAGAGAUGGAGGUCACAUUCGAAAACCUACAUACCAAAGACGGCAUGACCGCGAGUCCACCUGAGCUUGCCUCGGCCUUGGCCUGCUGCCUUGACUCAGCAAGCAGGAAGGCUGGCUGCAGCCCCAAUGGGAAGCUGGAUCGGGGGAGCUGCGCGCAGAGAAGGCCACAGAAGACGGCCGCAGAGCCAGCGGCAGCCCCCAGAGGGGGAGGAGGGCAGAAGAGGGCGACUCACGCCCUGCUCCCGCGGGGUGGCAGGUGCAGCCCUGGAAGCACUGUCAAGCGGAGGCCUCUCUGCUCCAGCGGAAUGUCCCUUCUGCCCUGGUCACCUGAGCGGCUGGCUCCAUCCUAAGUGCCAUGCUUCCCCUCCCAGUGUGGCUGGAAAUGAUGCGCUUCACAAGCUGUGGUCAGGAGGGAGGCCAAGGCACGCCAAGCAGUCCACACCGCUGGCAAGUUCUCCUCUCGGACCACCAGCCUUUCUUGUUCUAAAUUACUGGCAAAUGUUUUUGUUCUAGCCUUUCCUUGAGUAUUUUGAAAGUUUGUGUAAGAAGUUUGAUUAUCCAGAUUGCCAGAAAUGAGGUUUUCCACACUAGUCCCAAGGACAGACCCGUACUGUAGAAGCGGGUUCCAGUGAGCUUGCCCCAUCCACUCUCGGUGUUGGUCCCUGGGGGUGGGAGGCCGGGUCAAGGCCGUCAUUUGCAAGUGCCUGUGUGGUCUGCACGCCACAGCCCUUCUCAGCCAUAUCUCCAGCCAUAUCUCCAGGGGACCCCUCUGCUGGUGGUGGUGCGGCCCGCGGCACGGGACCUGGCGGGUGGAAGACAGGCGGCUGCAGGCUUUACCCGCUGCCCCCUCAUGGCACUCGGGCAGGGCCGAGCUGUGGUCAUCCCCAUGCCCUCAUCCCACUGCACCCCACGUCCCUGCUCCUGGAAUCUCCUCUCCCCUGCAUCUCCCUUCAGUUUCCCAGGAGGCUGCAGGGCGCCAUGAUACCAGCUGGCCUGGAGGGGGCGCUGCCCUCAGACCCUGUCAUUCCUGACAUCAGAUGUUGAAUGUAGCCCAGGCCCAUGGCCUGCGGGAGAUGGGGUGCCCAGCCCUGCACCACCCUCCUCACAAAUGUACUCAGCUGUGUUCCAUGCCAUGGGCUUCCUGUCCUUUACAAGAUGUAUAGAUUUUCUUACUGUAUGUAGAGAUGUUCCUUAGCCUGUACAGAGGAGGCACAGCCGGCCUCGGGCCGCCUGUUCCAGAUGCGAUUCCCCGUGUUCCCAGCCCUGCUUGUAGUGAUUCCUGUCCAGCUGUCUGACACAAAUCUGUGGCGGUGUACUGUGUUUUAAGCAGGACUCCGUGCCAGUCUGCAGCACUGACCACAUCUUUAGUGCAGACCAGGCUUUGCAGCCUGUUCAGGGAUCGGGUCCCUGUGCCCUGUGCGCGGAGCAGUGCUGGCCCGGUGGCGGUGGCAUACGGUCUGUGUCCUCACUGUAUAGGCAAACUGGGAACAGACGCAGAGACGCUGCCCUGAAGAGCCCGAGUGCACUUCCUGCCCCUGCUUGGUGACCCUGGGACUUCCGGUCAGGGCAGCACCUUGCCCUCUGCCGGUCCCUGGGGUCUCAUUUGGGAACAUUGUGUACCUCCAAGGUGCAGUUUUUGACUUUUGAAUAGUUUGCUGGUAGAAAACUCCUGGUAACGCUUCCUACAUACCAUGUUUUAAUUGCUUGUACAGUAACCUUUAAUCUUAUUUAGUAAAGUAUAUCAAAGAAGGACUUUUUGAAUUGUAAAUAUGUGGUUUUAUUAAAUAAAAGUCAUGUAAAUUGUUACAUUCA